AUGUUUAAGAAAUUUUUUGGUUGUUGUUCACAAAAAAAGAAAGAACCAGCAGUAAGAUUGAAAUCAAUUCGAUAUUUCGGAGAAUUUCAUGAAACUGACGUGAAAUCAAGAAAAUCCGCCAUUGUUGUUGGAUUCGAAGAAAACGUAAAGGAAUUCGGCGUAGAAGGAGAAGAGUCAUUCACAAAGUUGCAUGAUGAAAAGGACAAAGAAUCUGACCAGAAUUUAAUUUGUUUAUCUGAAGAAACAAAUAGAAUCAGACCAAAGCGUCCUCAAAUCAUGAAAUCUUGCAAUAAAUCCUAUAAAAACAUUCCGAACAUUGCCGAAGCUGACGCUUCUGUACAAAACUUGAAUGAUGAAGAAGUUGAUACUGAUAAUAAUGAAGCUAAUAGCAAAGAACUUAAUAAUAUUCAUCAUAAACCCGAUGAAUUAAAUGAAAAUGCCGAUAACUUGACAAAUUUAGAUUCCAUGAAUAAGUCGAAUAUUGAAUUUCAGCCUGAGAUUGUCAUUGAAAAUUUAAUCUUUAAAAAUGAUGAAAUAACCUCCAAAUCUUUACCAAUGGAUGAUUUAAUUCAAGAAGAAACUAACGCUUGUGCUAUUGAAAUUGUAAAGGAAAAUAAUGAAACAAAAUCCAAAUCUACACAAUUAGGAGGAAGCGAUUCAAGCCUAUUUUAUACAAGUUUUGUUUCAAAAAAUUAUAUUGAGGCUUCUAAAAUAUUUAAUAUCGAAUUCAACUGUAAAUCAACACAAGUCGAUGAAAUUGACUUUAACACAAUUAAAAUUGAAGCAGAAGUUCAUGCUGCUUCCACUCCUGUAUCAGAUUGCAUAUGGAAUCGAAGUUGGUGGUCUUCGUCGGAAUUUAAAAAUUUUUCUCAGGACUCAUUAGAUUCGUCAAUUGACUCGCUUGAUAAUCCAUUUAUGGAAGAAUAUGACGAUAACGAAAAUAUCGUUUUAAAUGAUUUGAAACAAGAAGAAGAAGAUGAAGAAGCAACAACAUAUGAAAAUCAUUUCUAUGAUAAUCCAACAAAUGCAGAAUGCAUGAAAACAGAAUUUGCAAUUGUAAAUGAAGUUCACAAACCACGAAUUGUGAAAUAUCACAAAAAAUCUUAUGAGGCAACAUCAUAUCCAUUGUAUCUUGAUAGCAAUUUUAUUGAAGAUGAUGAUUUUGAUAUUCAGGGUGAGUACAACAUUUUAAAUAACUAA